CCCGGCCUCUGCGGCCUUUAAACCUGUGCCCGGGCGGCCGCGCCGCCUCCGAGCUCGAGAGGUGGGUGGAGCCGCCCUUCCGCGGACCUACGCCAGGGUGAGGUGCUGGGCGGGGGCUCGGGGGCUCCCCUCGCCAGGACGCACUGUGCCCGGGGGCCUGGGGACCCCGUGCCCUCCUCGUGACCCGGUGAACCCCUGCUCCCCCCGCCGCAGGCCUUUACGCGGCGAGUAAGCCGAACUCCAGCCUGAGACGGAGCCCAGAGCACCAAGAAAGAUGCGCGCAUCCACGCCAGAGCCCAAAGUUGGAGACCUGAUUGAGAUUUUCCGCCCUUUCUACAGACACUGGGCCAUCUACGUUGGCGAUGGAUACGUGGUCCACCUGGCGCCCCCAAGUGAGGUUGCGGGAGCUGGUGCGGCCAGCGUCAUGUCCACCCUGACCGAGAAGGCCGUGGUGAAGAAGGAGCUGCUGUACGAUGUGGUCGGGAGAGACAAGUACCAGAUUAAUAACAAACACGAUGACAAGUACUCGCCGCUGCCGCCCAGCAAAAUCGUCCAGCGGGCGGAGGAGCUGGUGGGGCAGGAGUUGCCCUAUUCGCUGCCCUGUGAGAACUGCGAGCACUUUGUGAACGAGCUGCGCUACGGGGUGGCCCGCAGUGACCAGCUGGUACAAAGUUGUUGCCCUGGAGUCUGCCCUCCCCAUCGCUCUCAAGUUCCCUUCUAUCCUCUCCUGCGCUGCUGUGCCCUCUUCUGUGGCUCACAUCUUCCCUGGUUCACCUUCUUGUUUUGGUGGAACUUCCUUCAGCAGCUUCUUGAAAAAGGAUGUAUGGAAGGUCAGAGAUGCCGUCAUGGCGGCUGGCAUCGCAGGAGUGGGCUUGGCAGCCAUGGGCCUCAUUGGAGUCAUGUUCUCAAGAAACAAGCGGCAGAAGCAAUAAGUUGAAGGGAUUAUCCUAUCAGCAGUGACUUUAUACAUUUAGGAGGUCUCGUUGCACCAGAGGUUUUGAGGUUUGGUUUGUGGAUUUCAUUCUGUUUUAUAAUAAGGCUUAUUUUUACAGAAUAAAAUAAAGCCCAACAGGGGAGGAUUUUACUGGAAGAAAUGCAGCAGGAAUUGCCUGGUGUGAAGUCUAUUAAGGGCACAGCUGGGCUCUGUGUCUGGCCACACCAGAUUGUGCUGUGGCCCUUUGGUGGUUUUCUCUUACUUUCUCUUUGUGGCUGCAUUCUUGAUCUUGCAGGAGACAGUCCAGCUCUAGUUCUUUCAAGUAAUGGGAAUUUCUGGUUGUGGGGAAACAGGGGAACAGCAAGGGAGAUGCACAGACCUGGCUGAUAAUGCAAGAACAAGGACCAUUGGACACCUAGAAUCCUUGGCCUGGAACUAGAGCCAGCAUGGUUUCUAGGACUCCGCAGCUGGAGUCUAUGGAUGUUCCAUGAAGUAAAACCCGAACCAAAGCAAACUUCUGCCAUAAGGAAAGUCAGUAGAUGCUCUUCCCAAUCUUGUGGAAACCUCCUGUAUCUCCUUCUGUUCUCCACAUCCUUCCUCUGCCUUGUGGCUCCUACUCCCCAACGCUCCUGCUUCCUUUCCGCUUGGGCUUGCCGCAAGCCCCAAAUCCGAUCCCACACCCCUCCUGGGCCCUUCUUCCUGGAUCCCCUCAGUUUCACUCUACCCAUGGACUGAGGCUCUUGGCUUUCCAGCUCAUCCUAUUCAUGGGCCAAUCAGCUCUGCCCAGGAGGAUGGGUCACAUGGUGGGGAGUUGCCUCAGACCUUCCUGGCUGUGGCUGCCCACAUGACUGGCCUCCUGGUGGUGGAGCCCUCCUGGGAGGGCUUGGGGAUGAGGCAAGACCUGUCAUGGCUGGUCACUUGAGUACUGUUGCUACUGCUUGCUGGACUUGGCAGAUGUUCAAAGUCGCCAUUUCUCUGAAGGAGGCUUUCAUGGCUUCCUCAGAAAUAUUCUCCUGGGACAAACUGGCCUUCCAUCCACAGGGCAAGGCUUCCCAUCUGGUUGCAAAAGUUUCUUUUGUUGAUCUUGGUUGUCUAGAGACUGGAUGGGAGCCUGGGCAGGACUCACAGUGGCUCCAUGCCAGCUGCCUCCUGCUUGACCCAAUCUGGUCCAGAGUAAACACAUGCAUCCUGGGAUCGAGCCUGCUUCUCCUCCCUCUGCUGGCCGCUCCCCGCUUGUGCGCUCUCAAUCUCACUCUGUCAAAUAAAUAAAUAAAACCUUUAAAACAAAACAAAA